GGAAACAGCCUUCCUCUUCUUCAGCCAGCAGAACUGUUUGUGUGAGCAUAUCAAGGACAUCAUGUGAUUUGGAAACUUUUCAAAGCUGACACCAUGCUGUGGUUUGGUCUAGUGUCGUUUAGUGGGUGAACGAAAUCAGUCGACUGAUUCUGAGACACAAGCUGAUUAUUUUACAAUGACUUUUUUAGUCAGCAGACACCUUCAUUUGUUUUGCAGUCUUCUUUUUUGUCUGCGACUUGGUUGCGCGUAUGCAGAAAGGGUAUUGGCCACAGUUGGGACAGAUGUUACUUUAAGAUGCAAUUAUGAUUCUCGGUUCUACGGCAAGCUUGCUGUAUGCUGGGGCAGAGGGGCCAUCCCCAACAGAGGCUGUGCCAAAGAAGUGAUCAAGUCGGACGGGACCUCAGUGAUCAGCAGACUGUCUGAGCGUUACCUGCUCAUGGGUAAAAUUGGUGAGGGUGAUGUGUCGCUGACCAUCAGGCAGGUUGAGGAGAGUGACUCAGGAAUAUACGGCUGCCGUGUGGAUGUCCCAGGCUGGUUUAAUGACCAGAAACACGAGGUGACUCUGACGGUGGUGCCAGGUCGUCCUAAUCCCCUGAAGGUGGAGACAAAAGAGGUGAAGGAAAGGACCAUCACUGUUCGCUGGACUCCUGUGUUUGAUGGUGGCAGGCCCAUCACAACCUAUAUUAUCGAUCUCAAGAACAAACAGGCAUCAUGGAACACUGCAGUGAGGAUUGAAGUAUCAAAUCCUGAACUGACCCAGGUCACUUUGGUGGAUUUGCAUCCAGCUAAGAACUACAACCUCCGCAUGUUUGCUGUCAACAAUGUGGGCAUGAGUGAAGGCAGUAAUGUUCUUAUAGUCACAACAAAAGAAGCAGCACCAGAAGGUCCUCCCCUGGAUAUGCAGCUUGAAGCCCUCACUCCUCAAAGUAUCAGAGUCACUUGGAAGCCUCCGAGGGCUGAUCUCAGAAACGGGGCUGUGCGGAGUUACAGCAUUAGCUACAGAGAGUACAACUCUGCAAAGAGACAGUACGGACGGUGGCAGCAGCAAACUGUGACAGCCACACGGGAACUCGAAAGCAUCAUUCUGAGCAACCUGAAGCCUUCUACCACAUACGGUGUGAUUGUACAGGCCAAAACAAUUGCAGGAACAGGACCUGCCUCAACUGCACCCCACUGCACUACUCCGGAUGAGAUUCACAAAACUUCAACAGCGGCAACUAUGAAGUCUACUUCCCCUGCUGCCACUGUGUGGCUACAAGACACAACGUCUUCAAGUUUCAUUGCAGAUCACACAACUUCAACAGUUGAUACUGUUACUGUUACUGCUUCCACAAUGUGGGGACAAAGCACUACAAUUUUCUCUUCAGUGCGCCCAGAUCCCCCAGUAGUUGAGUUAAAGGAGGUCAAAGAUAAUACAAUUUCCCUUUUUUGGACUCCUGGGUUUGAAGGAGGCAGCCCCAUUACUGGCUAUCUCUUGGAGUAUAAAGCUGUGAACGCCUCAUGGGAUUACACAAAGACAGUUGUAGACUUCGGCCACAACCAGACAGAGGCCACAAUAAUAGAGAUAAACCCCUCAACUUACAAUAUACGCAUGUUUGCCAAGACCAGUCUGGGCACCAGUAAAGCCAGCAAUGUCCUCACCAUCACUACUGGAGAAGCAGGUCAUCAAUGGGACUUUCUGUCUACUACUGCAUCUAUUGACACUCAUGCUGCUGCGAGCGUUGAGGAGAGUCGAAGUGGUCACCUUGUUGCCAUCGUGGUCCCAGUGGUGUUGGUGCUGCUGAUUGUUGCCAUAGUGAUUACAUGGCAGCUUCGAUGGAAAAAGAGAAAAGGCAGCCUGAACAUGUGGCUGUCCAAUGGAGCAAUACGCUACAGAGGCUCACUACAAGAGCUGUAAGACAAGUUACUCUAUAUGCAAAAUUAACAAAGAAGCAGUUAUUGUUUAUUUUAUAGAAAAAUGCAGAAGUACCAUGUUUCUGUCUGUAUAUUUGUUUUGGUUUAUAUGUUAGUGACAAAAGAAACCAAAUCUGAUACGCCUUUACAGUUUAUCUUGAUUUUUGAGUUGAUUGAAACUAACCUAAUAAAAAAACCUUUAUUUAGCAAAAACUCACUGUAUUUGAAUGUUACAGCAAUUUGAUUGAUUUGUUGUUUUAUUUCUUUCUAACAUGACUUAUAUUCUUUGCACUUUAAUAACCAUCAAAAGGUAAUCAGAUUGCUUGUUUUAUGUUCAUAAGACAUGAUGAGUUCCUUUAUGGUAAUACACCUCCACAGUGUUUGUUGUUCAUCUGCAUGUACAGUACUUUAGCUUGUUGGGUGAUUCAUAUUGUGUCAUUUUGGUUCAAGUUAACCAAUUUACUUAUUACAGUAGUUACCUGUCCGUCUGGUAGAGGUUUCAACUGUACUAACAAUACAUACGUGAUGAAAGGUACUUUAUUAAUGUUGUGUUGAGAUAAAAUUUUGUUGGAAUACUUCAGUUUUAAAGUUAUUGGAAUAAAAAAAAUAUUCUUUUCUGUA